AUGCCAGUAACAUAUGAACAACGAGUUGUUAUUCAAUAUCUACAACCACCGGCUCUUCCACCACCAGGACCGAUCAUUAUUGAAGAAGUGCGUCCACCACAACCACCACCGCCUGAACCGCUUGUCAUACGCCAGCAUGAAUCACGUGUUUCUACGCCACCUCCACUUAUCUUACGUGAACGACCACCAAAGCCACCGCUACAUGGUUGCAGUGAAAAAUAUAUUCGUGAAUUACCUCCUAUACCUGUUCCACUACGAUCGGUUCGCAUCGAAGUUUUGCCACGACUUCCAGAAAAACCACGUAAAAAAACUAUCUUCAUUUUUCUUUUUGUUUUUCUAUUAUUUCUGAUUGUUGUUUGUUUGUGCUACUUAGGUAAUAUUAGAUUUGAACGAUGGCUACCCUAUGGACCUCAACCUGAACGCGAAAUAUUUGUUAAGCGCGCUCCUCCUGUUAUAGAAUAUCCCAAGCCAACUCAUACUGUUGUUAAUUACAAAGAUGUUGACAGACGUAUAGUCCGAAAAUUUCAAAAUCUUGGUGUUACUCGAGAAGAUCCUUAUGAUUAUAAAGUUCGUUAUGGAACAUCACUUUUAGAUUCCGAAAUAUUUGCUCAGGAAGCUCUUAAAGCUGGUGUUAAUGAAGAUAUAUCGUCUUCAGCAAUAACACCUUUAACAAAUACAAAUACAUACGGAAAUAGUGUUCAUGUUCAUCAGUCAUAUGAAAGAAUCAAUCAAGGCUGUUCAUCAUCAAGUGGAAAUAGCUAUAAAGGAAUUCAAGUACUUGCCGUUACAAAAACUACUAAUGUUGGUGAAACAAGUCGCCCAUCAUCAUCAUCGAAAUAUAUUGGUUAUAAUUCUUCAGUUGACAGUGAUUGUAGAACGCAAUCUGAAGUUCGUGAUGCUAGUGCUAGCUAUACCAAUACUAAAUAUGAUGAGAAAUUAAAUCAAAAGGAAUGCCAAUCAUAUAUUUAA